UUUUGCAGUCGCCCGGCUCUGACUUGUUUGAUGGGUCGUGUGUAGGAUAGUGUGAGCUCGUGUGCUGGUGUGUGCAUGUGUCAACUGUGCUUUUGGUCAUUUAGUUAACCGUCAGCCGUCGCACCGAACGUCUGCCUGCCUCGUUCCGUUUCAUCUGCAGUCGUUUCCCCGUUUUUGCCGCACGUAUUCAUAUACCGAGAAUAACUAUGCUAUCCCCUUUAUAUUGUACCAAUGUGGAUUACUUAUCCCGAGGAGAUUUAAUCAAAUCCUCCAGAUUUCUCGAACACCCGAUAGCUAAUGCACCAUUGCUCCGCCCCGGCCCAUCCCCGGCCACUCCGCGAAGUAAUAUGGGUGAGCUGCUCAUUCGGGAAUCACGCAGGGAUUCCUCAUCCCAAAACAGUGAACAGGAUAGUCCACUGCGGAGAACAAGGAUGGACAGUCCUUCAUCGGAAAGCAUGGAUAGUAUAGCGGAAAGCUGUCAUGUUAACAGCCGGAAAAAGCGACGUGGGGUCAUCGAAAAAAAACGUCGCGAUCGCAUAAACAACAGUCUAGCUGAGCUGCGCCGGCUUGUUCCAUCCGCUUUCGAAAAGCAGGGUUCAACUAAACUCGAGAAGGCUGAAAUACUACAGAUGACAGUUGAUCAUUUGAAAUCAAUACAUACCAAAGGUAUAAAUUGUGAUCCCAAUUCCAUGGAUCCCCAUACAGCCGGUUUCCAGGAAUGUAUCGGAGAGGUCGGCCGGUAUCUGCAAAACUUGUCCGGUCCGGAAAUGCCUAAUCCUGAUCCGAUAAAAAAUCGCCUCAUGUCUCAUCUUCACUGCUACAUUGCUCAGCGGGAAUCUUACAAAACACAACACUCACAACCUGCGGCAUGUUGGCCCCCUUCCUACCCGACCGGCCCCACCGGUCUCAUUCCGCCCCCAGCGCCUCCCGGCCUGACCUCCCAGUCGCUGUUUACUCCUCCGGAUCCCCAUAUUAACGCUGCUGCAGCGUCCAUGGUCACAUCCGGCAUGGCCAGCUACUCGUCCGCUCAGCCAACGUAUACGCCGACAUCCUUUGCAGCCGUUGCGCCUUCCUUCUCCACACAAAAUUUCUCCCAGUAUUCAGCAUUUUCCGGAAUGCAGUCCUAUAUGAAUUCGGCAGCAUCCUCGACAGCUGGCUAUUUGAAAAACUGGAAAGCGGAGCCGGUAUAUGGAAUGUAGGAGAACGCGUCCAUUUCAGUUCCGUCCAAUUUCGGUGGAUAUUCCGUUCUAAGUCAAUUGUGUACAGAAUUUUUCGUUUGGCUGUUGGAAUUUUUGUUUUUCUCCGUUAGGAUUUGACGAAGUCAACUGUGUUGUUGUUGCGAAAUGUUGAUCAGGUGAAAGCUUAGUUUUUAAUCGGAAUUACGAGCGUAAUAUGUAUGAUACGGAAAUGCUGGUUUCGUGUCUUUUGAAUUACGACUGAAUAUAUUUCAGCGAUUUUGUUCUUUGCAGUUUUGUUUUGAACUUAAUCGUAGUCAGUGUUGUGUCGGUGAACUUUGUAGAUUUUUGUACGACAUUGAUCAACAUGAUAAAAU